AUGAGAUUCGGCGUGGUUGUGGGCAGGUUCAACGACCUGGUGACGAAGGACCUCCUCGAGGGCUGCCUGGCGGCGUUCAAGCGCCACGGGUGCAACAUCGAGCAGGACGUCGAGGUGUGCUGGGUGCCCGGGUCCUUCGAGAUCCCCCUCACCGCCAAGCACAUGGCGAAGAGCGGGUCGUUCAGCGCGGUGGUCGCCAUCGGCGCCGUCGUCCGCGGCGCGACGACGCACUACGACGAGGUGUGCAGCGCGGCCACCUCGGGCGUCCUCGGGGCCGGCAUGGACACCGGGGUGCCCGUCGUGUUCGGCGUCAUCACCACGGAGACCAUGGAGCAGGCCCAGGAUCGCGCGGGCGGCAAGGUGGGGAACAAGGGGUACGAGGCCGGCGUCACCGCGAUCGAGAUGUCCAGUCUGCUCAACAGCCUGCGGGAGGAUGGCAUGGCGGCGGAGCCGUGGCUCUGA